UAUAAAUCACUACAAAGCUCCAUACCAAAUCUCAGUCAGCAACACUACACAAAACACCUUCCUCAUACUCACAAACUAUGGGCCACAGAGUGCACUUUUCCUACUUCAUUAUUCCCUUCUUGUGUCUAUUCUCAUUUUUGGUUCCUUCUGCUUAUAGCCAGUUUCUCGAUUACAAGUUCUAUGAUAGAUCAUGCCCUGACUUGCCAACGAUGGUCGUGCGUAAUGUUUGGGAAGCUUACUGGAAGGAAUCCAGAGUUGCUGCAACCCUCCUUCGGUUGCACUUCCAUGACUGUAUAGUAAAUGGCUGUGACGCCUCUGUGCUUCUUGAUGACACUGAAGAUUUCAAAGGGGAAAAAGGCACGCCUGUCAACCGCAUGUUGCCCCUUGCAUUUGAAGUCAUUGACAAUAUAAAAGAAGAUGUUGAAAGUGCUUGCCCCUCAACUGUUUCAUGUGUUGAUAUACUGACUCUUGCAGCAAGAGAAGGUGUUCUUUUGUCAGGAGGACCUUUCUGGCAUAUUCCAUUAGGGCGACGAGAUGGAACAACAUCCGAUCCAAAAGCAGUUGUACAGAUUCCUGCACCUUUUGAGCCUCUAGAAAACAUCACUGCCAAAUUCACUUCAAAGGGUCUUGACCUGAAGGAUGUUGUAGCACUCUCAGGAGCUCACACCAUAGGUUUUGCCCAAUGCUUCACCUUCAAGAGCAGGCUCUUCAACUUUCAAGGCACUGGCCAGCCUGAUCCUACCCUGGAUGCUUCUGUCCUCUCAGACUUGAGGAAAACUUGUCCCAACAAAGAUAGUGCAAACACCAACAUUGCUCCUCUUGAUUCUGUAAGCAAUAACAGAUUUGACAAUGCCUAUUAUGGGAACCUUGUCCGCAACACCGGCCUUCUGAAAUCUGAUCAAGCCUUAAUGACCAAUCCAGACACUGCUGCUUUAGUGAACAGAUAUAGAACGAACCCACGUUAUUUCUUCCGUGAUUUUGUUGCAUCCAUGGUCAAGCUGAGCUAUGUUGGGAUACUCACAGGGGAAAAAGGGCAAAUCAGGAAGGACUGUAGGUUUGUGAACUGAAUUAUGUAGACUCCCUGUGUGAAACUUCUGUGAUUUUCUUUUAAGGAUCCAAGUAGACCAUUCAUGCUUAAAUAAAAUGGUCUUUUUGUAUAUCUCCAUCCAACUUUGUAACUGAAGUCACUGGCAAGAAUAAUUCUGAAAGCUUUGUGAUGUAACAUGAUCAUUUUCUCCAA